AUGACAGAUGUGCUAGGGGCUGCUAAGCCGUGCCUCCGUCGGAUCCUCGAGCAGGUGGUGCAAUCUGUCGCAUCAAACAAAGCACAGACAGCAUGGGGAGUCGUCACAGCUGCACUGCUGUACCUGAAUCUGAAGAGGAUCCCGUUUGUUUGGCAUUUUCGUGUGUUCAGCCACAUUUGGUGGCCCAAAACUGGUCUUUUCGAGCACAAACCUGGAGCUAUCUUCCAGCCGGUAGUCACACCUUCUCGCGUUGCUCUGCUGGAGACCGACUACAACUUGCACAAGUCAAACAGCAUCUACUUCUUUGACCUUGAUGUUGCAAGGACAGACCUUCUCGCAGCCCUGCGAGCUCAAGCAAUUGAUGGCGGACUGUACAAGGAGUACAAGAAGGGUGUCCAGGUUCUGCUCGCAGGCACCUCCUGCACCUUCAAGAAGGAGAUCAAGCCAGGUGCUGCGUUUGAGGUGCAAAGCAGGGUACUCGCCUGGGAUAAGAAGUGGCUGUACAUUGUGACGCAUUUUGUCGAGAAGCGGAAGGGGGGCAAUUCGCCCAACUACAAGCCAUGGAAGAAAGUAGACGACGGGAAAACUGUCCAGGCAUCGCCUCUGAUCUAUGCGACAGCGAUCUCGAAAUGCGUUGUCAAAUCCGGUCGUCUCACUGUGCCACCACAGAAGUUCUUUCAGGCAGCAGGAGUUCUUCCGUCAGAGGAUCAACCUGAAAGUUCCAUUAUUGCAGACGUCACACCAGAGGCAAAUGACUUUGGAGGGUGGACUUGGAAAAAGGUUGAGGAAGAACGUCUGGAAGCAUUGAAAUUUGCUGAUGGUUUCGCCGGUGUUUUGGAUGCGGCACAUGAGAAAGCCAGUCUGUUCGUUUGA